UAUUUCAAUUGAUAAACAAAUUUCCAAUAAUUUACACGGCUUGUUAACUUUAAAAACAGAACAUUUUUGUACCUACUUAAAACCCGUUUUGAAUUUGCUACUUAACAUUUUUUUUUUUGUUCCUUAAACACUUUUCGUUCAAAGUGCUCGUCGUUUUAUUGAGUGAUUUUUUUUUCAACCGUAAUCAUUCUGCCGUUAAUGGCUAUGACUUCAGGCAAAGAUACAAUGGGAGGUGAACAACCGAUAUUCUCAUGCAAGGCACACGUCUUCCAUAUCGAUCCCAAGACAAAAAAGUCGUGGAUUUCUGCAUCUACCGUUGCUGUUACUGUAUCAUUCUUCUUCGAUUCCCAUCGGGCGUUGUAUCGAAUCAUCAGUGUUGAAGGAACUAAAGCCGUCAUCAACAGUACGAUUACUCCGAACAUGUCUUUCACUAAAACAUCACAAAAAUUUGGCCAAUGGACUGACACGCGUGCCAACACUGUUUAUGGUCUUGGGUUUUCUUCAGAACAAGAAUUAAACAAAUUUAUCCACAAGUUUGAAGAAGUUAAAGAAAAAACCCGUCAAACGACUGCCAAUAAUCCUCAACAACUUCAGCAAGCGUACAUGAGUUCGUCGACCACGCCAGUGACUAGCGCUAACGCCAGUCCGGUGACUACGCGUAUAAGCCAGUCGUCCGACGGCCAAAGUAUUAUUGAACCUCCCAAUAUGACUCCCACUGAACCAACUACCACUCCUGAAGAUCCUAACACUGCUGAGCAACUAAUGAAUCAGAUGUCCAAAAAUAUGGUGGUUUCUAACUCAAACCACGCUGCCGAAAGCCCCAAACAUCAAAUGCCUAUCGACGGACGGACAAGCACUGGAACAAAUUCUACGAUGUCUGAAUCGCAGUUGAAGUACGAAAACGAAAGAUUAAAAUUGGCUUUGACCCAUAGUUCGGCAAAUGCCAAAAAAUGGGAAAUUGAGUUACAGACGUUGAAAAACAACAACUUGAGGUUAACCAACGCGUUGCAAGAGAGCACAGCUAAUGUAGAUGAAUGGAAACGACAAUUGCAGUCGUACAAAGAAGAAAAUCAGCGUUUGAAAAAUAGAUAUCUCGAUGCUGAAGUAGCGAAAGGAGGGUCAGAAGUUUCUUCGGAGUUGAGAAAUGAGUUGACUAAUUUACGUUUAAAAGUCGAAAACAUGGAUAGCGAGUUAAAAUCCAAAAACGAAGAGCUGCAAAAGUUGACAAUGAACCGAAUGCCGCUUGAAGAUAAGUGCAAGGUUCUCAGUCAAGAAAAUGCAGAACUUCAAGCGGCAGUGAGCUUAGCUCAAGCGCAAUUGGAAACUGCGUUAGCAGCUCAAGAGUCGCAGAGACGUGUUAUCGAUACAUUGAACAACAGUCUAUUUGUACGUAUACAAGAAUUGGCUGCAAUACACCGAGAAAUGACCACAGCAAUACAAACAUAAGUAUUACGGCUGCUUAAUUUAUUAUAAACGGUUGUUAGUGAAACAAAUUUUGGUGAUUUUUUUUUUUAUAGAUACUAUAAAAAUAUUAUAUUUAUAACUUUGAGUUGUACGAAUUUGACUGUGCAAUUGUGUUUCUAUAAUAAUUCAAUAAUGUAAAUGAAAAGCUUGCAAUACAUAAUUGGGUAAACAAUUUUACGUCAGCUGCGCCUCCUCUUUCUUGCUUCGAUCGAAAAAAUGGCCGUUUAAAGGCAGGCCAUCCCGCCGAUGUUUAACAAGCAGUCAAAUCAUCUUUUAAAUUCUAAUACGAGACUGAUUUCACAUAAAACCUAACCGUAAUUGGAUAUCGCAAUAACUAAAUGAUUGACUGCAUCUGUAAAAUAUGCGAUUUUACCUCUCCAACUUAAGUAUUAUUAUUCGUGCCAUCUAAAAUAAUGGCAACCCUCAUUUUAUUAAUGAAAUGAAAUAUUAAAGCGAUUCAAAUUUAUAUUAUCUAAUAACUUUUCAAUAAAUAUUCAACACUUAUUUUGUUACCAAGUUUAAUCAAUUAUAAUUAUUAUGAUAUGAUAGUUUAAAAAAAAAUCUUAGAACGAAUUGAUGACAUUAUACCACGAGUCUCGUACAAGUGAUUGUUAUAUUUUUGUUGUCAUACCAAUUAUUUUUAAACUAAUUUUGUUAUUAUUCUCAAUUGUGUACAUUAUUAUUUACCUCCCAAAAAAACCUUCAAACCUUUAUAGUUGGAAUUUUUUUUUUUUAAAACCAAAUUACCAAAUAGUGUAAAAAUUAGUAUUAUUAUUGACUUUUCAUUGAUAAUUAAUCCAAAAAGUUUAUUAGUUAACGUAAAGCUUGCUACAUAUUAUAUUAUAAUUAAAUUAUUUUUUAAAUAUUAGUAGACAUUUUCUAUUAUAGUAAUUAAUGUUCAUGGUAUUUAGUAUUUACCCGAUACUCAUUUUUAUUUAUAAACUGUAUUAUGUGUAUACAUAAAUAUUUUUAUUAUUUGCUUAAAAGCAAUUUAUUUAUACAAGUAAAUACUUACUAAGCGGAAUGCCGUCUAUUUCUUUAUUACAGAAUAUAAGUAUUAACUAAUAUCCAAUAUAGUAUGAAAUAGUACACAUUACUCGUGUCCAGACAGUAAGCUAUGAUAAUUUUAGGUAGUAUUUAUUCAAAUGUACAUUUUAGCCAAUUGUGACGUGUACAAUUUUAUAUAUUUCUUAACAAUCGUAUGUACCCACACACAUAUAUAUAUAUAACGUAUG